CCGUCACCGCCAGUCAUAACACCACUUAAAAUGGGGGUUCCACACUUCCUUGCGGGAAGCCCCAUACUUUCGCCAUCUGUGGCCCCAGCUCCUGAGUCAUUGCACCCUGCGGAGGAACCCAAGGAUGAGGGUACCACAUCAGAGACCAUCUUACGCAGAAAGUCCUCUAUUCGUCGGCCCAAGGGGAAGCAACCAGUGACCUCUGAGGAGCAGUCGGUUGAGCCACCACCAGCAGUGAUUGCACCACUAAGAAUGGGAGUGCCAUUAUUCUCUGGGGUUCCUGCACAUGUGGCCCCAGCUCCUGCAUCAUCGCACCCUGCAGAGGAACCCAGGGAGGAGAAGACCGCCUCAGAGGACCUCACUAUCAAACCAAAAAAGGGAUUCCUAAAGCAUGCUGGGUUUGGAGGGGCCCAUCCUGGGAUGAUGCAUGAGCUGCAGGCGCGACUCCACAAGAAGAAGCCAAAGGAGUGACGGAGAGGGGAGGA